GGACGGGCCGUUGCUACUGUCGUGAUGGUGUCCUGGAUGAUCUCCCGAGCAGUCGUGUGUUUCUGCGUCAGUCAGCUGCAGUGGUCUCUCUUUUGCCACUAUACUGAUCAAUCAUAUACAGAUGGAAGAUAAAAGUGAAGUUGCUGGCCUUCAGCUACACUCACUGUUGACAAGUUGUCUUUUGGACUGUAAAAUUGCCUGGCUGGUGUUUGGGAUGCUGUAUCCCGCAUAUUACUCAUACAAAGCUGUGAAGACAAAAAAUGUGAAGGAAUAUGUUCGCUGGAUGAUGUACUGGAUUGUGUUUGCUCUUUAUACAGUUACUGAAACGAUAACUGACCUAACAGUCUCUUGGUUUCCACUGUACUAUGAAUUGAAGAUAGCUUUUGUUAUCUGGCUCCUUUCCCCAUAUACUAGAGGGGCAAGUUUAAUCUACAGAAAAUUCCUCCACCCACUGCUUUCUUCUAAAGAAAGGGAGAUUGAUGAGUACAUUGUCCAAGCCAAAGAAAGAGGCUAUGAGACCAUGGUGAAUUUUGGAAGGCAGGGGUUGAAUUUGGCAGCAACUGCUGCAGUGACAGCAGCUGUAAAGAUGGCUUGCAGUUAUUUCUUGGAUUAUGAGGAUCGGUUUACUCUAAAUUCAAAAGUUACCAUUCAGUUUUCUGUGCAGGCUUUUAACAUAGAUGUCCAUUGUUUCUUUUCUGUCUGUGUUGUGCUUUCUGUUACAAAACCCCACUGGAAAAAAAUCCUGGAGAUGAUAAAAACAGAUGAAGAGAUGGAGAGGACACAUUCAGAGGAUGAAAUGUUUGCUCAGAGAGGCCUUCGCAGAACUCAGAGUAUGAAGUCUGUGAAAACUAUUAAAGGACGUAAAGAGAUACGAUACGGAUCACUAAAAUACAGAGUAAAGAAGAGACCCGUUGUAUACUUUUAAGUGUACCGCACAAUUCCUGCAAGAGAAACUGCUGUACUAUAGUAACUUGAAUUCAAGUGUUAAAGAUCUGUGUACAAUGCCUAGAAUGAGUCUGUAUGAACAGAUAUGGUAGGACUUGG